UCCUCAGAGCGUGCGUGACGUCAGAACUAGGCGCCGCAAAUACAAAGCUUUUUCCCUCGCUCAUUUAUGUAUGAACCCUUUUCGAUAUACUUAAUUUCAUAAUAAAGGAACCGCUUUUGAACCUCUAGGACGUCAUGGGUUUGAUCGAGCUGCUCCACAUGUCUGUCUUCUCUCAGAGCUUCUCUCCUUGUGGUAAAUUCUUGGCCGCUGGUAAUAACUAUGGGGAGAUAGCACUUUUCAGUCUCUCCGCAGCCCUGGGGCCAGAUGCAAACGAGCUGAGCCAGAAACCCAUUCUAACGUUUACAGCUCACGAGGGGCCGGUGUUCUCCCUCCUCUCCACUGACUCUCACCUCCUGAGUGCUGGAAAUGGAGAGAUAAGCGCAUGGAGUUGGGCGGAGCUUAUAAAGAAGAAUGUGAAAGCUGCAUGGACACGGAGACCUAAUUACAAAUCAAGCCUAGAGAUCCCAGAGAUUAAUGCCAUGGCGCUCAACCCUGCAGACAACAGCUUAGCAGUGGGAGGUGGGGACAACAACGUCCAUAUCAUGGAUCUGGAGAACGGCGCCUUUAAGUCGGUGCUGCAGGGCCACACGGACUACAUCCACUGUCUGAGCGUGAGGGAGAGGGCCUCCGAGGUGCUCUCUGGGGGGGAGGACGGGGCUGUGAGGAUCUGGGACACAAGGACUAGCCAGUGUGUGCACUGUGUUGAAGUUUACAAAUAUGAGACCUGUGCCCGCCCCCAGCACGGCAAGUGGAUCAGCUGCCUAACCACGGACUCUGAUUGGAUGCUGUGCGGUGGGGGUCCCUCCUUGUCCCUGUGGCACCUCCGCUCCAUGUCCCCCACCUCCGUCUUCCCGCUGUCUGGCUGCCAGCGCCAAGCCACCUUCUACCAGGACAUGAUCCUGACGGUGGGCGAGGGCCAGUGCGUCUCCCACUGCCUGAUGGGCGGCGAGGUGAAGGCCCAGAUCCCAUGCACGCCUCACUCCAUCAACACGCUGGCCAUCAACACUAACAGCACCGAGCACAGGGUCCUGACAGUGGGAGGCAGCAGUGACCAUAUAGACGUUUUCACCAACCUAUCCUACAAAGCAUUCUCUCUGCGAUUCUAAACAGCCGAAUCACACACCCUGAUUCCAUCAUGCUCAGGAAAAUCAGGGAUAUCCUUAAUCUCAUGUUGUGGUCGUGCACAAAGACCUUUCCUGUUCUUGCUUUUGUGUUUCCACUUUUCAUUGACAUGCAUUUUUUAUGGAAAUAAAGUAUAUUUUCUAAACUUUG